AUGAUCAACAACAUCAAUUCAAACGAUGAAGAAAACUUAUCAGAAGAUUUUCUUAGUGAAGGCGCCUUCACCUGUGAGGUGAAGAUCAAUAAGAAGCUUAACAUCAACAUGAAAAUGUCAUCCUUUAAUAAGACAAAGCAUCAUAAGUUAAGUGGCGAUGACCUUGCCCCUCAAGAACCACUCUUUUGGAAUGAGAAGUCUCUUUUCAAAGAAGGAUGCCAAGAUGAUAAAAACAGUACCAACUCAUUUACAAUUGAGAAAAGAGGAUCUUCCAGAAAAAUUUCUGAAGAUACUGUCUACCAGAAGUCUCCCAAAAGGAUAUCCAUGAGGAGCCAGAUCAGUGAUUUACUUAAAAAAUCAGCUCAGCUUAGGGAGGAAAGAAAGCUGAUCUUGAAGAAGAAGCAAAGCGUGAUGGAUGCUCCUCUCGAAAGCUUGGAGAUCUUGAAUAAACAUUGAGAGCAAACAGAUUUCUUGACUUUUGGGUCAUAAUAAUUUUAAUUUCUAAUUAACUUC